AAAAAGUUAUCAGGUGUGUCAUUUGAAUGGUGGCGCGGACUUUAUUAUUGCCUACGUGUUAAAUAUUUAUUUGCUAACUGUUGAUGUAAACUUUUAUUUAGGAAAUAUGUUAAGAAAUAAAUAAAUCUCAUUACGUGUCCAGGCGUUAGUGGUUUUGGUACCAACGUGACACUUUUAUUUUUUUUAAGCACGGAAGCUUUUUCACUAUAGUUUUAUUUCAGAAUACGUAUAACUGAACGAAAUAAAAUGCCGAAGUCCCGAAGCGAGUUUCGUUUUGUAUUUUUCGCUUUGGCGAUAUUUAUGUGUUACUUUAUAUUUGGUAUGUUACAAGAAAAAAUAACACGGGGCAAGUACGGUGAAAAUGAUAAAUUCACAUGUGCUCUGUGCUUAGUUUUCAUGCAGUGUCUGGUUAACUAUAUUUUUGCCCAAAUACUUAUGUUAUCAUGGAAGCAUGAAACGGAUAACACAAGAGGCAUUUAUUACUUUUCGUCAGCUCUAACAUAUCUCUUAGCCAUGGUGUGCUCAGUUAUGGCACUGCAGUGGAUCAACUAUCCAACACAGGUUGUUGGCAAGGCAGCAAAACCCAUUCCUGUAAUGUUGCUUGGUGUUCUCAUUGGACGUAAAUCUUAUCCGCUCAAGAAAUAUUUAUUUGUAUUCCUCAUUGUUACUGGUAUUGUUAUGUUUAUGUACAAAGACCAGAGCACAAAGGUUACAAAUGAGUCCCAAGGAUUUGGUAUUGGGGAGUUACUUCUGCUAUUAUCUCUUACCAUGGAUGGACUUACAGGCGCAGUGCAGGAACGGAUAAAAAGCGAGUCUUCACCUUCAGCUUACUCCAUGAUGUUGAAUACUAAUUGGUGGGGAACAAUUAUUUCUGCCAUUGGAGUGCUGUUGAGUGGAGAGUUAUUUAAGUUCAUAAGCUUUGUGUCGAUGUAUCCUUACAUUAUUGUAUACCUCGUCGCAUUUGCUCUUAUGGGUGCAACAGGACAACUAUUUAUAUUCUUUAUGGUGUCGGAGUUUGGUCCCCUACCAUGCUCGGUAGUAACCACAACAAGGAAGUUUUUUACGGUGCUCGCCUCCGUUAUCAUAUUUGGCAAUGUUUUAGCUAGCAGGCAAUGGGUUGGCGCCGUCUUAGUUUUCACUGGUUUGUUCCUGGAUAUUAUGUACAGUAAAAGUAAACCCCAGCAAUCGAAGAGGGUAGCUGAAAAAUGAGUGAUUCACAAAUCUGUAAACAUAUCAUAGCUAAUACACACGUAGCUCAAGUCUCUCGUACAGUAGAUAGGCCCAGCCAAGACGUCGCAAUCAAGUAUAAAGCAGUAUAGUCUGUCGCUUAGAUAUGUCUUCAUAUAUAUUUUUUUUGUUUUUUCUUAGCGUUAACCAUUAUACAAAGGCGUCUUGGCUACAUCCCAGAUGUUUAUUAAAACAUCGUAUUCGUUUAUCGUAUAAUAUAAAAGUUAGACAGACACUGGCGCACGCAGUUAAUGUUCAUAGUUUCUGCGUGCACAUCCUAUGCACCAAAGGAGCCACGGCCUAACCUUCAUGACAUGACGUCCCGUUAUAGGGCGUCCUACUGAGGUUCGAAUGCAGUGUGACACGAUUAAACUACGUAACACCAUGCUUACUGACGUAAUUAUACGCCAUAUUUUGUCACGUUCGACGUUCAAAUUCCUACGUACCCUAAUGCACAUAUCUUAAAAACUGACAACAGCCACAGCGACUGUAUACGGGAGACCAAACAAAAUUAACAUAGCUAUAAGAUUUAUUUAUUGUCAAACAUACUAUUGUGCAGUACCAAAAUAUCAUAAAAUCAGCUAGAUUUAAGAUUGAAUAGUGUAAUAUAGAUUUCUAACAUUCCCAUUCAUCUCCUUUGUAUCAUACUGUAAACUGAUUCUAUAAGUAGAUAGCUGUUUCACGUUGUACAAGUAAAUUUUACUGGUCAGAAAUAUAAGGAGAUCAAAUAGUUACAUAAAUGUGUCAUUAACAACCAUGUUCCUAAAUAAAUGUUAAUCAAAUAGCACCAACUAAAUUACCUGUAUUUACUUGAACAUGUGAAACAGGGCCUAAAAUUUCCUACUAACGAGAUAAAGACUGACGACUCAAUUGCUAGCAUUUUUUUUCCUUUGCUUCAGAUCAGUUUAUAAACUCUUCCUGAGACGAAUUAACGUCAUUUUGCAAGAUAAGUUUUACAAAACAGAUACGUCGAUUUCCAUUUUUGUACAAACUUUAAUACUUACAACGAUUUAUAUCAAGAGCACAAGAAAAAAAAUGUAAAAGAUAACGCGUAUCCCGAAUUAAUACCUACUAUAUUAUCUCAGGAAAUUUAUUGCAUUAUUGUUACAGUAAAUAUAAAUUACUAGCGAUUAUAGCAAUUUUAACCUUUAUAACUUGAAGAUCGCUGAAUUGUAGGGGACAGGGCUACAAAUUGAAUUACAAAGCCCUGCAUGUCAAAACAAUUCACACACAAUCCUCAGAUAUUGCUAAGUAUCACAAGGCCUAGUUCUAUUCUACUGGGUACAAUGUCUCAAACCGAAAAACAACAUUGCUGGCACAAUGAUAAAAACAACAUUGCUGGCACAAUGUUGCUCGGCGACAAUGAUCAUUGCGGCGGUACGUACCAAACCGGACUCGCAUCCAAAAAAAUUGCCAUGUAAACUUUUGGCACUUUUACUUGUAAUAUUUAUUUAGUAUACUUAAAAAAAACUAUUUUGUGGUACACUCGCGUAUAGUAUAAUUAUUCGUGUAUAGUAUAUUAUAGUGGUAUAAGUAGGUAUUUGGGCGUGCUGUACACAUGUGAAUAGUUUUAGUUGAAGCCUUUUCAUACCAUGACGUAGUUUAUUAUUACGAUGUUAUACAGAGCAAUAGGGUAUUUUACUAUAAGCAUUUGAUUUUUAACAAUAUUUGUGUGAUAAUAAGAAAAUCAAGCACUCUUGCGAGAGCAGAAAUAUAAUUGGUUAAAAAAUUGGCAACAAUUCAUAUUUUAAACAUUGUAACUGAUUCGACGUGUUCAACAAUCAUCAUCAAAUUUCAAACAAUUCACACAAAUAUUGUUGAAUUAUAAACCGCCAACGUGAAUCACUCCGUCCAUUGGUGAAAACAGUUUGAACAUCCGUUCGAUAAUUAUUGAGUUCAUUGCGUUCUGACAAUUGACAUACAGCCUUGGCGAGGGACUUUGUUUUAUAAUAUAAUGAAUGGAAUUGUGAUAAAUAAAAUGUCUAAUAAGUUUAGAAAAAUGCACGGGCGCUCAUUGUUCAUAUACACGUCUACAUACCAUAAAACAGAGUAAAGAAAUAAGAUUCCUAGGUAAAGUAACUUAUCUACAUGUGUAAUCUACAUAAAAAUGAAUGUUGUACCUGUCAUUCUUAAGUUACCAUUUUUAUAACGGCUCUUCUAGAAUCCAAUCUUCGUUGCGGGUAAAGCUAUGCACGCGGGCGAAACCUCGAGCAACACCUCGUCUGGUAAUAAUUUCGUUGCACAUUUUAUUUUUCCAAAUCGUAGUCCUAUAUACCCCCCCCCCCUCCCCGUCUUACCGAUAAGUAAUAUUUUAAUGGUCGUUAUUUAUGAAUAGUGUUUAAACUUAUUACUUUAACCUAGUAUGAAUUUAUCAAGUAUUUUAAAUAUGUAGUUAAUGAUAAUGACUAAUUAAUGACUGAUUAAUUACCAUUACCAUUUUUUUUUCAAUGUUUGUAAUAUUUUCGUUAGUGUAAAUAUCCGUAACACAAAAAAAGUAUAUAAGAAAGGUUAUAAAAUAUAAUCUAAUACUUACCGCAUGAGAGCGUAGCGCAGCGUAGUACGUCUAAAUCAAAUUAUUGCUACUCAAUAAGUGUAAUAUUAUCAUCAUCAGAAAUCUAACUGUAAAAGGUGUACGCAUGUUUGCAUUACAAGUAUGUGACAAACAUAAAGCUGAAACUACAUAAAUUGUCUUAUAAUUCCCAGAAUAAGAUCAGUAAUGUAAUAAUAUUAUGUGACACAGAUAUAAAAUGUUAGUCGUGUGGCUCCCUAAACAGUUCAUUUUAUUCUCGAGUACUUGUAUAGUUUGUUUUUCUGCUGAACUGGUACCCUAUUUCAAUGUUUUACUUGCCGCAGUUCUCAAUUAAUAAUCCCAACCGCUUUUAUUUCAUCCAUUACGUAAAUAGACCGUUAGGGAUAGUUGUCAUGUUUACAAUUCAAUUGAUUUAUUUACGAACACAAAUCGAAAAAUUAAAUUGGCAUAGUUUACCGAAAACAGCUAUUAACAAAAUAACUUAGGAAAUAAGUGGAGUACAACUUCCAAUGUUUUAAGUGCAAUCAUGUAUUUAUAUGUUGUAAACUUGAUAAACAUUAUAAAAAAAAUUAUACACAUC